ACCUCCAUAAUAAAAAGGGAUUAUAUAGUUUGGCAAGCUGUCACAAUUUCUUCUUGUUUUUUUUUUCUUUUAUGUCAAAGGAUAAACUUUCUAUAAUCGACUUAGAAGCCCAUAAUCCAAAAUAUAAUAAAGUUUCUAUAAUCUGAUUUCUCAAUUAAACCAGAUUAAUCUCAAAUAAAGUUUGACAACAUUAAUUAAAAAAACCAUAAUUAAACAGUUUUAUCAGUUAAAAAAGAGUGAGAGCAGCAUGAAGCCAAAAGGUCAGCUAGUUAAAUUUGGUGGUUGGAAGGUGACAGCCAAUCUCUAGUGUCAAAUCAAAUGCUUGAAAAAGGGUUUGCUUUGUGCAUAGAACCAUUGAAUUAUUCAAACUAUAGUUAUUUGUCCAAACAUGACUUAAAUUAAUAGAAGGUUUAGUUUCCAAAUCUUAGUGUGUGGGCAACUUUAAAACCAGAAGCUCGUGAAGAAAGGAAAACGAAGAUGUUGACUCCAUAAAAACAAGAGAUUUUGAUAAUCAAAUGGCCAUUAACAACACAGAGUCAGAGCUUUGCAUGAAGGCUACUACAAAUCAUAAUCGUUCCCUUUUGCACAUGGAGAACUUGACCCUCCCUCCGGUUGUAGUGAUAGCAGCAAAUAUGAGGUGCAAUGGAUGCAGAGGGAGAGUUUUCAGAGUUGUCUCAAGAAUGACUGGGUUGACAGAGUACACUGUGGAUCUGCAGAAGAGAGAAGUAACUAUAAAGGGAGAUUUCAUGGCAAAUUGCAAUUUGCAGGAUGAAAGCAUUAGAAGCAGUAGUCUUUUGAGUGCGAAAGAUGAACCCAAGUCCCUGUCUACGUUUUUAGCUCACUCUCACUAACAGUAAUCUAACAUAACCCUACCUACAAAUGAUUAAAUCAUAAGGCUCACUCGUAAUGAAUCACAACAUGCUGCCAGAUAAUUCAAAUCUAUGCAACUUCAUGCCGGUAUGAAUUAAUUCGUUUAUUUUAUUCACCAGUUUA